CUGCCGAUACACCUGCAAUACAAGUACGACAUACCUCCUUUUUUUCCCCCUUGUUUCUAGUCUUGGCAGUGACUUUUUGCAUGUGCCCGCCGUAAGACAACCGUAACAUAGACCCCGUAAGAUGGCUAAUACCCUUGCCGGCUACGCCCCGGCUUGGCUGGUUCCCACAGCUCCGGCCCGAACCCGUAUGGCGUCACCUCGCUGUCGUCGAGCCUGAUGCGCGAACAGGCGUACGACGUGUCGGUCGAGCUGACGGUGCCGCGGUCGCCGCCGAACCUCGAGAAGGGCAACUUCAUGGUGGCGCUGUUCGCACUCAGGUCGCAGCCCGAGAACCCGGCCUUCUCGCUGUCGCCGUCGGCCGCAGAGCUGUCCGCCGAUGACCUCUACCGGCACGUUCGCCAGCCCGGAAAUGUCGCCUUCGCGGCGCGGCGGCCGACGCUGAUCCCCUACGCGGACCCGCUCGUGUCGACGACGUCGCGUGUCCUACUCCUCCUCUACUACGUCCUGUACCCGGCGGCGUCGGAGCGGACGACGCUCGUCGUGCCCAUGGGCGAGCUCGUCGAGUUCCGGAACGCGCUGCCUCUGUCGCUGCUAGUCGACGUGCAGGCCGGGCAGACACUGCAGGUAUACGAGGCGCGGGUGACGCUGGUGGCGCGGCUGUCGGGCGUCCGUUGGGCCAUGUUCCACCACCGCGUGAUCUCCUUCGCCGUCGGCACGGCCAUCUUCUGGGUUGGCGAGAUGCUAUCGAUGCUGCUGGCGUGGCUGCUCCUGGGUCGCUGGCUCUCGGGCCCCAGACCCGGACAACUCGGCGGCGGCGGCGGCGGCGGCAGCGACAUCGAUACAGACGACGAUAACGACGACUACGAAAAGUACGACCCCUGGCCAGUCGCGCCACCCCCGCCUUUGUCUCCCGAGGAAGCAGCAGCCGCUUCUGCCUUUUUCAGGGGCGGGGUGGAGCAGACAGAAGGCAGGCAAAGGGGGGAGGGGGCAGAAGCAGAGGCGGAGUCGGAAGCAGAUCCAGGAGUCAAGAAAGAGGAGGAGGAAGACGAGGGCGAGGACGAAAAAGACAGCGGUGGCAAGGGCAAGGGCAAGGGCAAGCGUGAGGCCGAAGAGCAGCGUUCACAGACACAAGCGGUAGACUACGUCAAAACAGAGGACGACGAGGAAGAACUGGGGGUCGGGACUAGCUUAAGCCACAGGCAAGAGAAAGGGAGCCUACGUAAGCGGCCGUCAUGGGGAAGCCAGUCUUGAGUGCCGCGUCUCGACGGCCCGGGUGGGUAGGGGAGCAUCGUAGUGCCCCCCUGAAGGGUUACUUAGGAGACGUAAAAAGGCCUCAGGCCGAUAGUCAUCACUAUCCUUUUCUGUUUUUCGACUGAUUUGACCAACCAGAUAGAUAUCCUGCCGUGUUCGGCCUGGGAGCUCCCUCUAGCUCUAAUAAUUCAUCAGGAGACAUGACCAGAGAGACAGUGGCAAAGAUGACAUCACUCACGCGCGCCCCGGCGUAGUGGAUGAUCAGAAGGUCGGCCAGAAAAACUACUACAUAUGCGUGCGCCAUGCAUUCACUACCUCCUAACCACACUAUCACUGGUGGUUGAAUUCCAGGGGAGUCCGGUGCUCUAGGCACCUAAUAUGUACACAGGAUAGAUACCUAUCAGGUCCUCUUUCAAGCUUCUACACGUACGGUCAUUUUGUUCACCAGGAGCCGCUUGUCAACUCAUCGCCCGCCGCCACUGUGGGGCACCCUAGCUGCCUACCUGUUUAGGUGCAUACCUACGUACCGAGUAUAUGUGUCUAGAAUGCAUCAAGCACUCACCACGGCUUCAA